UGUCUCUGCAGUGUGAGCAAUAUGGACAUUCUCUACUUAAAUUUUACCAUUUUUAGAUACUGCGGUAUUUGGUGGCCAGAUCAAUCUGCAUCCCCAAAGAACCACUUUUAUCGUAUCUAUACGAUCUCAAUCAUAACCAUGGUGUACAUUUUCACGCUUACGCAAAUAUUGGACAUGGUGAACGGAAAUUAUGACAUAGAUGAAAUCACAAACAAUUCAUUUCUGAUGCUAACGAUGAUAGGCCUUUGUAUAAAAGUCACUAAUUUCUCACUCCGGCGCCGGAGUAUCGUGACUCUGUUGAAUAUACUGCGAAAUGAUAUUUGCCGACCACAGAAUGAUUCCGAAAUCAAAAUACAAAAGCACUUCGACGGCGUCGCCAGGUUUGUAGCUCCGUUUUUCUAUAUGUCAAACACGCUAUACUUUUCGGUUCUUUCGGAAACGACUACGAUAGCAUUCCUGAUAAUACCAUUACUGACUAAAAGUUACGAAGAGCGUACAUUACCUUUCAAAGCGUGGCUGCCCUUCAGUUUGUCACGACUCACGAUAUAUUGGUUGAUAUACAUCCAACAAAGUAUUUCGAUACUGAUUUCUACAAACUUGAACGUAGCCAGUGACACGCUUGUUUCCGGAUUACUCGUUCAAGCCUGUGCUCAAUUAGAUAUCCUUAAAGAUAGAAUAACUCGUAUGAAGAUAAAACCACUUGUUGCUACCGAAGCUACUUUUAUAGCCGAUAUCUUCUACGACGAGUACGUGGAAUUGACUGUAAAGAGAUGUGUUCGGCAUCACAUCGUAAUAUACGAAUUUGCCGCUAUGGUGCAGGACGUCUUUGGCUGGGUGGUAUUCUUUCAGUUUUUCGUCAGCAUGUUGACGGUCUGCUCCAGCGUUUUCAAACUCUCACAAAACGAUUCGGACUUCCUCGAAGUCAUAUCGUUUUCGCUGUACCUCGCCUGUUUGUUGGUACAAUUACUAUUCUACUGUUGGCAUGGUAACGAAGUUAAACUCAAGAGUAUCGGCGUGAGUGACGCCGUCUUUGCCUCUGACUGGACGUCAUUGAAACCAAAAAUGAGAAAGAGCCUGACAAUGCUGAUGAAAAGAUCCACUGGACCCAUAGUGAUUACCUGUGGAUCUAUGCUCACUUUAUCUCUUGGAACUUUUAUGAUGGUUUGCUAUGUUUGUUUCGAAUGAUCUACAUAAAUUUAAUCACAUAGCGUGGGUAAGUAAUAGAUUAUUGGCUGAAGAAAUGAAAUAUGAUUUUUCCGACAUUCUUAGGUCUUAAAAACGUCUUAUUCGGCGUUCAACUUGCUCAAGACAUCUUGAUUAGAAUAAUGAAAAAUAUGGCGAGACGAGAUUCUUCUGCACAUCUCUACGGUC